AACAACUUAUAUUAACGUUUUUCCUCGACUUGGAUACACCAAGAGAAAGAAGAAAAUAAGUUGAGGACGAUGGUAAGGACUUCCAUUUCAAAGACGUCGAAACAUCAAUAACAACAGCUGUUGAUAGUGCCGCAACAACAACAACCACCAAUGGAGCCACAACAACAACAGAGUGAGAAUCGCAAUCAAUUCACCACCUUAGAAGACAAUGUGACGAUGAAGCAGAUCCUGGCCACCCAUGCUGAUAACAGUUUCCACAGAGUCGACCUCAAUCCCCAUCUCCAACUUAUUGAGGAAAUCCUCCACCACUCCAACACUCUCAAACGCAUCAAUAUUGAUGACCUGCAAAUUUCUUUACACAUGGAAAGCUUGGACAAGAAGAGCCAAAAGGUUGACUUCGUAGGCAUGCUUGAAGCAUUGGCUUACACUAUACAGAAGAUAUCCUGUGAGAUAUUGUACAGUUGCUCUAGGGGUGGGGAUGCGCACACAACAACGAUGGCAUUGUUCAAGUCCCUAUCAAGAUUCUCUUGGGAUGCAAAGGUGGUGUUGGCCUUGGCCGCCUUUGCCAUCACCUAUGGGGAGUUCUGGUUGGUGGAGGAACUCUACCAAGCCCACCCGUUGGCCAAGUCCAUAGUGCUAGUGAAGCAAUUACCGGACAUAUUUGAGCAAUCGGAGAAGCUGAGGCCCAGGUUUGAAGCACUCUGGAGCCUUAUCAAAGCCAUGCUUGACAUGACCAAAAGCAUCGUCCAAUUCCACGAGCUGCCACCUCAGUACAUCUCCCCGGACCAACCGCCUAUGUCGGCGGCCAUUGCCCAGAUCCCCACUGCUGUUUACUUGACUAUCAAGGGCGUCGUCACUUGUGCAUCUCAAGUCAUUGGCCUUUUUGGUUUGGAUCAAGAAUCUAUUCCAUCGACCACUGAAGGUGAUGAGUUGUCUAGCUUAGCACAAGAGAUCAACAACAUACAUGAACAUCUUACCAAGCAGCUCAAUAUUUGCAAUCAACAUAUUGAUGAGAAGAAACAGCUCGAAGCUUAUAACACGCUAGUGCAACUCUUUGCAACGACCCAUAUUGACAACCAAAAGAUUCUCCGGGCUUUGAUUAAUUACACUAAUGAUGAUUUGACGCCGCUUCUUCAUUACGACACUAAGAAACCGGUUGGCGUUGAAGUGAUGAGACGUUGUAAAGGAACGUUGUUGUUGAUAUCGGACUUGGACAUCUCCCAAGAAGAAUUCGUGAUUGUGAAUCAGCUCAUACCUAGAAAGAAGGGAUUGUGGCUUCCCGUGGUGGACAGGUCCCUCCUAUGGACCGAAGCUAGGCAGAAAGACGUUGACCGACUACAGUCCAAUGUACGAUUCUACUCGGUGCGCCACCCUUCCUUGAUCCAUCCGGCAGUGAUUAAGUACAUCAAAGAGAUAUGGCACUUCAACAAGAAGCCAGUCGUUGUGGUUUUGGAUUACCAUGGUAGCGUUUUGAGCCUCAAUAACCUCCCCAUGAUGUGGAUCUGGGGAUGGCGUGGCUGGCCUUCCACCAGAAUGACGGAGGAGAUACUCUGGCGGCGUAUGACUUGGGGACUUAAACUCUUGGUACAAUAUGGAUUUGAGAACUUGCAUGAAGGCACAGAUGAAAACUUAAUCAAUUGGAUGGAGGAAAAACGAUUCAUUUGCUUGUAUGGGGGAGAAGACAUAGAUUGGAUAAGAAAAUUCACAACAACAAUAAAAGAGAUGGCCAAAAAAGCAGGUAUUCCAUUGGAGAUGAUGUACAUGGGAUAGAGGGCAUGUGGUUUUCCAAGAUGAGGCUUGGCAAGACUAUCGAGAAUGACCCCAUAAUGAAGGAGAUCACGACAACGCUCAUAUUCGACGAAAGCAAAAAAGGAUGGGCGUUGUUAAGUAAGGGAGAUGAAAUCAUGGCUCAAGCCAAGGGGGACAUGAUCUUGAACUGCUUCAACGAGUACGAUAAGUGGAAGAAAAACGUUGACGAUAAGGGUUUCAUUAACGCACUCAGGGAUCACUUAGAACAGCUCCGCACCCCACAUCACUGUAGUCGUCUCAUAUUGCCAUGGAACGCCGAGAUGCUGGUUUGUGUCGAGUGUGGUCGUCUUAUGGACAAGUCGGUGUCUGUCAUGUACAGCUGCUGCUGCAAUGAUUAGUUGAGGCUUAGUUAGCUACUUAAUAGUGGGUCUUAAAGUUGGUUGCUCGUAUUAUACUUCAAAGUAAUGGAUGAGAGAAUGCUUUAUCA